UUUCAAAAGUAGUUUUAGCAUGCAAGAAGUCGUGUGGCUUUCCUAAAGGAAAACCAACACAAGUUAAUAUGUAAUGUGUAUUUAUUUAUUAACAUUCAUUUAUUCAUUGAAGUGGAACUGCCUGAGUGGUAACCUGCCCAGUACUGGUGGAAAUACUCACUGGGUGUUUUUUUCCACUGAGAGCUUGAGUGGAGAGGAAAAAAUGCAUAGUGAUUGUCAUGAUUGUUGUUGUUCAGGUUUCAUAGUUUAAGCGACCAGUAAAUACUACAGAUGCAAUCUGUGGGUGUACUUUCAAAACAUAAAGUUAUAAUCCCACUGAAAACAUCUCGUCAUUUCUGAGAGGGACGGAGGCAGGUAUCCUGACAGAAUGGUUCAAAACUUCCCAAGUUUUAUUCUGGUGGGCGGAGGAGAGAUGUUCUUUUUUGAUCUUUGUCUUUGUUUCAGAAAAUGUGAUGUUGUGAACCGUGGGCUCUCAGGGUACAACACCAGGUGGGCUAAAUUGAUCCUUCCAAGACUGAUCAGCAAAAGUACUGGUGCUGAGAGUACUGUUGCAGUUACUAUUUUCUUUGGAGCCAAUGACAGUGCUUUGAAAGAUCUGAACCCCAAGCAACACGUUCCUUUGGAAGAAUAUGCUGCAAACUUAAAGAGCAUGAUACAGUAUCUGAAGUCGGUAGACAUCACUGAAGACAGGAUUGUUCUGAUAACGCCACCACCUCUUCAGGAAUCGGCUUGGGAAAAGGAGUGUCUUGCCAAAGGUGACAAAUUAAAUCGCCGCAAUGCCACCACUGGGGAAUAUGCCCAGGCCUGUGUUCAGGUAGCAAGGGACUGUGGAACGGAUGUGCUCGACCUCUGGACGCUGAUGCAAAAAGAUCAGGAUUUCUCUUCCUAUCUGUCUGAUGGGCUCCAUUUAUCAACAAAAGGCAACAGCUUUCUAGCAGCACAACUUUGGUCAUGCCUGGAAAAAAAACUGUCUCCUUUUCCUUCACUGCUUCCGUAUUGGCGUGACGUGGACCAUACGAACCCCGAGGCCAGUCUUCUGGGAGAUCCCCUGCAGUAACCAGCUGAAGCAGCCCAGCCUGACAAAGCCAGCUGGCUUACUAACAGCCAGUGUCCAGCAACACGCUAGGGAGCGGGGCAGCGGGGAGUCCCCUGUCGAUGCUCCUCUGUAUCCCCUUCCCUUGGCCUGCAGGAGAAUAAAGAUGAGACCACUCGGGGUGUGUCAGGGGGUGGUUUGUUUGCACGCUGCUUGUGCUGGUAGUUUGAGCAUCUGUGGGGAUGAGCUCCUCUUUCCUUGCAAGAUUUGGAGGAAAAUAAGAGUCUCAGCUGCCCUGUGACAAGGGACAGAAGGCUGCCCUGAGGAGUUCCUGGCCUAGCUGAGCUUUGGGGGCUACACCUUGAUAAAUACCACCUGCUAGUAAUAACACCUAGGAGCCAAUAUGAGGCAGCAGCAUGGAGUGUGUCAAGAGCUGUUAAUCGGUCCAGAUUAAUUUAUUUGCUUGUAAUACAGCAGGAAAAGCAGUUACCUCAGCUUAAGCAAGGAUUUUUGGUAGUGCUAUGUUACAUUUCA